AUGGGUCAAGGUGCAUCAGCUGGCCAAGAUAAAAAGAAGAAAAAAGGCGGUAGUCAAAAACCAAAAUAUGAACCUCCUGUACAAUCUAAAUUUGGUAGAAAGAAGAGAAAGCAUGGUCCAUCUACAGCAGAAAAAUUGCCAAACAUAUAUCCAAACACACGUUGUAAAUUAAAAUUGUUGAGAUUGGAGAGAAUCAAAGAUCAUUUAUUAUUAGAGGAAGAAUUUGUUACAAAUUCUGAAAUCUUAAAGCCAUUUGAGAAAAAACAAGAGGAAGAGAAGAAACAAUUAGCAGAAAUUAGAGGUAAUCCAUUGAAUAUAGGUACAUUAGAAGAAAUAAUCGACGAUGAUCAUGCUAUUGUUACCGGACCAACUAUGCCAGAUUAUUAUGUCUCUAUUUUAUCAUUUGUUGACAAAGAAUUAUUAGAACCUGGUUGUUCUGUUCUUCUGCAUAAUAAAACGAUGUCUAUCGUUGGUGUGUUACAAGAUGACGCUGAUCCAAUGGUUUCUGUUAUGAAAAUGGACAAAUCCCCAACAGAAUCGUACAGUGAUAUCGGUGGUUUAGAAGCACAAAUUCAAGAAAUUAAAGAAGCUGUGGAAUUACCACUAACACAUCCUGAAUUAUAUGAGGAAAUGGGUAUAAAGCCACCAAAGGGUGUUAUAUUAUAUGGUGCACCCGGUACUGGUAAAACUUUAUUGGCAAAAGCAGUUGCCAAUCAAACUUCUGCAACAUUUUUAAGAAUUGUUGGUUCUGAAUUAAUUCAAAAAUAUUUAGGUGAUGGUCCAAGACUAUGUAGACAAAUUUUCAAAGUCGCAGGAGAAAAUGCACCAAGUAUUGUUUUCAUAGAUGAAAUUGAUGCAAUUGGUACCAAGAGAUAUGAUUCUAACAGUGGUGGUGAGAGAGAAAUUCAAAGAACAAUGUUAGAACUACUAAAUCAAUUAGAUGGUUUCGAUGAUAGAGGGGACGUCAAAGUGAUCAUGGCAACAAAUAAGAUUGAAACUUUAGAUCCUGCUCUAAUUAGACCAGGUAGAAUCGAUCGUAAAAUUCUAUUUGAAAACCCAGAUUUAUCCACAAAGAAAAAAAUAUUAGGUAUUCAUACUUCAAAGAUGAAUCUAGCUGAAGAUGUGGACUUAGAAACAUUAGUAACAUCUAAGGAUGACUUAUCAGGUGCAGAUAUCCAAGCCAUGUGUACAGAAGCAGGUUUAUUAGCCUUGAGAGAAAGAAGAAUGCAAGUAACUGCUGAAGAUUUCAAACAAGGUAAAGAACGUGUGCUAAAGAACAAGGUUGAAGAAAACUUGGAAGGUUUAUAUCUAUAG